AUGCCCUUUCACAACCGCGAUGACCUCAACCUCUACCAAAACCUGGAGUCCCCGAGCUUCUUCUGGCGCGGUGCCUCGUACCAGACAAUCCUCACCGUCGCCGCCCUUUCGCGUCUGUUUAUUUACGCACUCAACAAAACCGAAGUCCACGGUCUCCCGCGUUUUCUCGACCUUUUGAAAUCGCGUGCCGACUACAAAACGCGUCGCCGCGGGUUGGUGACUGUCUCGAACCACAUCUCCGUCCUCGACGAACCUUUAAUAUGGGGGACGCUACCUGUCUCCUUCGCGGCCUUCCACGGCUACAUGAACCACCGCUGGAGCUUGGGUAGUCAUGACAUCUGCUUCAAGAAUGCCUUCACCUCGCACUUCUUCACGCUGGGACAAACCCUCCCCAUCCACCGCGGCGCACACUCCCCCUUCGGCGGGCCUUACCAGGCGACCAUGACGGAAGCCGUGCGGCUCCUCUCCAAGAUCUCGGCGCAAAAGCAAUCGCUCGCUCCUCUGAGCAACCCGCGAUUUCACAAGGAUUGGAAACCUCCUCAAUGGCCCUGGGAUUGCGUCGACCCGUUCUCCGACAUCUCUCCUCCCCCCUCCUACCCGUCUCAACCCUCAGACGUGAGGUGGUACCUCGCCCCCUCCCGCUACGCAAGCAAUUCUUACAGCUGGGUACACAUUUUCCCCGAAGGGAUGAUCCACCAAGCCACCGACAAGACGAUGCGCUAUUUUAAGUGGGGAGUCGCACGACUCAUCCUCGAGCCUCCCGAAUGUCCCGACGUGGUGCCCAUGUUCAUCGAGGGGACCGACCAGGUCAUGCACGAGAGUCGAUCUUGGCCCCGAUUUAUACCGAGAAUCGGCAAGAAAAUCUGCCUCACCAUCGGGCGCGAGCUGGACGUCGAGGCCGUCUUUGGCGACCUCCGCAAGCGCUGGAGAGAUCUGGCGGACCGACAUGCCCGCGAAGCCGGACUGCCCGGUGGAUGGGACGAGAUGAUUCUGGGCCUCGUACCCGAGAAUCUGGCGAAUCACCCGGAGGCUGUACAGUUGAGGAUGGAGUGCACACAACGCGUCCGCGAGGCCGUCCUGGAAGUACGACGGUCCAGGGGUUUGCCGGAUGAGGACCCAAAGAAUGGAGUCGUCGAGACUUGGGCGCGAGAAGGGCCGAAGCGUGAAGGCUUGAUGGACGACGGUUCUUGGGUCAAGGAUACCUAG